AUGAAGUACGAUACAGCACUUAUUCUCAUCGCCUUCUUUGGCUUGAGCCAAGCAGCUCCCAUCGCGGACAAGCGUAGCCAAUUGCUUCCUCGUUAUGCAAUCCGAGGUCGCGAGGUUCCCCAGGAGCACUCUCACAACAAGUUCCUGGAUUCCGUCAGGACUAGUUUGAACUUGAACAACCCUGAUCAGAUUCAGGACCCUGUCUUUGGUCUGCUGGGAAAUGCGGCCGCGGCAGCUGGACAGGGGAAAGUUACCGAUACCGAUUGUCUGCACCAAGCAACGGCCGACCAGGCUUUCACAAAUGCAAAAGCUGCUGGCGAUGUCGUCGGACAGACCAAUGCUCUUGUUUUCGCUGCCCUUGAGCGCAACACCGGAAGUGUUGGUCUCGAGAGUGUUCUAUGCACUGCCAUCAAGGCCGUUAACCCUGAGAUUGCUGCUCUUAGCCAGCAUCAGGAUCCGGCUGCGACUGGCGCUGCUGCCAAAAACAAGGCCAUUACAUUGGAACUUGCGAGGCAGAUCGCCUCCAUUGGCGGCGACCCAACGGUUGCUCUUCAAUCCGGCACGUUCGCUCCAGGAACCAUUGGCGACCCAACCGGAGCUGGAAACACCUGUGAUACCGUGGAUGAUGUCGAGGGUUGCAUUUUCAGCCAGAAUCUUCUUGUCGAGGACGCCACAAUCGACGAGAUCAACGCCGCGGUAGCAGGUGUGACCGCUGGUGGAAACGCUGCCGCUGGUGGCAAUGCUGCCGCUGAUGUCGCUGCAGGAUCAACAUGCCCUGCUCAAGUCACUUCUACCGUCACAGUUGUUGCUGCCGCGGCUACCCAGGCAGCAGCAAACUGCCCAGUUCAAGUCACUUCCACCAUCACCGUUAAUGCAGCUGGGGCCACUCAGGCUCCAGCAACUGGGAACGCAGCAACGGGAGCUACUGCUGGCACAAAUAUCCAAACCUUCACUGGUUCUCUUGGAGGCGCAGCACCAGCGAUCACCAAGUCCGCGGGUGACCGCCCAUUCACUGUCAACGGUAACACCUUCGUCAACAUCGGCGCAGCAUUCCAGCGUUCGUGUGAUAUCCAGAACAACGCCUGCUUCAACGCUGUCAACUCCGGCGCUCUCUCAGGAGGAACCGCUCAGUGCCAGCAACAACAACAAGCAUGCAACGCCGCCGGCAACGCCAAGCGCGAUAACAUCCCAUCCCUCUUCCAGCGCCAGAGUGCAUUCGGCUCCUGCGCGGAUCCCACCAUCCUGUUCGCAGAUGGCCUCGAGGGACGCGACACCGCUGCCUUCAUCCCAGCAAACCUCGGCGAUUUCAACCACGGCUCAGCCCAGAAGAUUGGCAUCAUUGCUCAGUUCAUCUGCUCUCAGCUUGAAAGCUCUUGCAAGGCCGGCGCUGAUGCUGUCGCUGCCUGCAAUGCUGGAGAACAAGCUGCUGCUGCUCUAACUGGCCAAGCUGCCGCAGACGCCUUCAAUGCGGCAGUCACUGGCGGGUCAGUAGUCGCUGCUGCACCUGCACAGGCUGCGACUGACAACGCCAAUGCCAACGCCGAUGCCAGUGCUAGCACCGAUGCCACUGCUGCCACCGGCACCAACAUCCAGGCUUUCACCGGAAACCUUGGUGGCGCCGCACCGCCCGUCAUCCAGGGCACCGGCACCAAGCCCUUCUCCGUCAACGGCUCCACAUUCGUGAACCAAGGCGGAGCUCUCCAGCGCUCUUGCUCAGUGCAGCACAACGCCUGCGCAGAUGCCGCCAACAGCGGUGCCAUCUCCGGAGGAGUUCAACAGUGUGAGGAUCAGGAGAAGGCCUGCAAUGCUGCCAACGCCUAA